AUGCACGAGUGCUAUCUGCCCUCGGAGAGCAUGGCCCAUCACCACGGCCAGAGCCCAGCUCGCCAUACCGCUGCCCAUCGUCCUGCUCGCGACGCUUUGCCGGCCUCCGGGCCCGGUGCCUCUGACGCCAGGCAGCCCGUUGUGGGCUCAGGCGGAGCCAGACAUGUUCAGGCCACCUCCGAAAAGCUUACACCGGAGCUCCUCGCUGAGUGUGAGCGUGUUGUGUCAAAGACAUUCCCGGCCUGCGUGGCCUUUCACAAGCCGACGUUUGUGCAGCAGCUCAAGAACGGCACGCUGGAAUCAAGCCUCGUCUACGGUCUUUUGACAUGCGCCGCGCGGAGCUCUCCCAACCUCAUCCGUCGCUAUGGCGGCAAUCCCACGGCGGCGGCCGACACCUUUGCCGGCAAGACAAUCUCCCUAAUCAAUGCCAACCUGGACCAGCCCAAUCUCGCCGACAUCCAGGCUCUCUGCCUCGUCAUCAUUCACGAAUGGGGUAGCCGGAAUGCCGUCCGUGCCUACGUCUACCUUGGCCAGGCCACGCGGCUGUUGCAGAUGUACCGGAUUCUUAACAGCCAUCACACAUCUGACAAUGCCGACCAGUUCCUGCGUGACGAGUCUUUUCGCCGCACCCUCUGGCUGACUUACAUCCUCGACUGCCUCCUCACCUGUACGCCUGGCCGCUACCCCGCCCUGGCUCUCCAGGACACUGCUGAUGUGGCCCUGCCUUGCUCGGACAUCAACUUCGCCUUUGGUAACACCGUAUAUGUGAAGACGCUUCCGCAGCAGCUCGCCCAGCACAACGCCCAUGCGUCGCCUGGCCAUGUGCCCACCGGCGAGAUUGGCGAGUAUGGAUACAUCGUCUUGGCUGCCACUAUCUGGCGCGAUGUUGUUGGCAUGCUCGCCGUGUCCACCUUUCGCGAGGAUGACUGCACGGACCUCAUCAUCAAGAUCGAGAGGCUCCGAGCCACCCUCCCCAUGCAGUUUGUCGACAAACCUGGCCAGAUCAACCUUCAUAUGACGAUGGGGUCUGGCUAUACUUUUGCCAUGCUGCACUGCCUGAUUCACUGCGCCACCAUUUUCGUCCAUCGCCGACGUCUUUUAGAGGAUGUCACGUCUCCCACGUUCAACUUGGAGACAUACCGCAUGACCCCUCGAUGCCACGAUAUCGUGGACCGUCUCUUCACUUCGUGCCACGGCACCCUGUCUCUCCUGACUGCGGUCGAGUCUGGCGCUGAGAAGGAUCAUGUCACCUGCUUCCCCAUUUUCAUGCUCUUCUCCGCAUUCACUGCUGGCGCAACCAUUGCCUACCUUUCACUCAAGGGGUUGACGCCUCCCAAUGCGGUCGAGACGGCGGCGCACAUUGUCAAGGACGGGCUGCGCUUCAUGCAUGAUGGCAACGAGAAUUGGCCUCUCAUGACUAGUUGGCUUAGGCACCUGACCGUUAUGCAGCGUGUCCUUCACAACGAUGCCGCGGCCAUCAUGGGCGGGCCUACUGGCCACGGAGGCCAUCCUCACAUGCCCCCAGCCGCCAUCAAGGAUGAGAUGUCAUCAAAUGCAGAUACCAAUCCAGACGCCAUGGAGUAUGAUCAGCAACCCCCUGGUGCCGCGCCUGGCCAGCACGCUGCUGAGCCACGCUCAGUAUCCGGCUCUGCCCGAGGGGAGAGCGAGCCGCCCAUUUCUCUUCCGCGACGGCCCGGGGUCACAACUAUCAACGGGGGUUCUAACAACGUCUCCACCCCAGACACCGUAUCCCCGCCGCCCGCCGGUGCACCGCAAGCAAAUAUGCAGGUGCAUGACAUUAAGCGGCAAAGCCCCGAGAUGGUUCAAAACGGCAUGGUCUCAGUCCACGACGGCCAGACCACGAGUCAAGACAUGACUGCCCCAGAGCUGUGCGAGGCUUUUGAGCGCCAGCUUCUCGACCUCGACGACCUUGCUGCCUUUAUGGGUGGCGGAGUUUGA